GUUCGCCUACCUACACAGCCUGUGUAUGUGUGUGUGCCGCUCAAACAUCCGCAAGCCGGGCUGCGGAUCGCGCCCGGUCUCCGACCUCCAGAGAGGAUGGAUGAAAAGAGAGACGAACCGAACCUGUCCUAUCGCAACGGCAUUAGUCAGAUCCAGUUGUAUGGAGAAUUCACGACCAAGGCCAGCCGAAAGGUCAGGUAUGCAGUGAGCCUUACAGAGAGGGAUCUUACUGUCCAAAAGAUCACCUCGGCACCUGCAGGACGGAGCAAGGUGGUCUUCAACUUGCGGGACUGUGUUGGAUGUCGGGCGUUUAAACCAGAUGAUAACACUGAUGUGGGAGCGUAUUUUUCUGCCUACUUUUACCCGUUUAAGAAGCGCUGGAUGAGCUCUGGGGUAGCACGACAACGGACAGAACAGUGCUUUCGGGUCGCGUCGGGCUUGGACCCUCACUUGAACCUGGAGGAGGCUCAGCGAUGGGCUCGAGCCAUCAGUGAAGGGUCCGCGCAUCAACGGCCUCAGCGAAAUGGUGUCGUGUACAGUGAGGUCUGUCGCCCCUGCAAGGUGCUGCUGCUUCUGAACCCCCACAGCGGUAAAGGCCAGGCGCUGUCCCUCUUCACUGGACAUGUCCAGCGCAUGCUGCACGAGGCCUCCAUCCCCCACACUCUCGUUGUCACAGAGAGGCAGAACCACGCACGGGAGCUGGUGAGAGAGGCUGAUCUGACCAAGUGGGACGCCCUGGUCAUCAUGUCAGGAGACGGCCUGCUGUUUGAGGUAGUGAACGGCCUGAUGGAGAGGGAGGACUGGGAGGAGGCCAUUCAGACCCCACUGGGGAUCCUUCCAGGGGGCUCCGGGAACGCACUGGCCGCCUCCAUCCAUCACUAUGCAGGGUCACAGCCGGUGUCCAGCGAGGAGCUGCUGGUGAGCUGCGGCUUCCUGCUGUGCAAGGGCCUGGUGACGCGGCUGGACCUGACGUCCGUGUGCCUGGGCUCGGCGCCGCAGCCGCAGCGGCUCUUCUCCUUCCUGUCGCUGGCCUGGGGCUUCGUGGCCGACGUGGACAUCGAGAGCGAGAAGUACCGGCACGUGGGCGCCGCCCGCUUCACCGUGGGCACGCUGGUGCGCCUGGCGUCGCUGCGCGUCUACCAGGGCAAGCUGGCCUACCUGCCAGCAGAGGCGGCGGCGGCGGCGUCCACAUCGACAGACACACCGCUGUGUCCCGCGUCGUCCUCUACUACCUCGGAGGUGCCGUCGGCCCACACGCACCCCCACCCCACCUCCUCCUCCCCCCACGGCUUCUGCUCGUCCCUGGUGUGCCGCUCCUCGAGAGCCUCACCUGGCCAGAAUGUCACGCACACCUUCCACAACUACUGCAACUCCAACAACGCCUCCAAGGCCAAGCGGGGCCGGGACAGGCCCCCUCUGGCCCCGGCCUUGGGCCGUGGGCGGGCCCCGGACUCCCUCCUGGUGCCCCUGGACCAGCCGGUGCCCAGCGACUGGACGGUGGUGCCCGAGGAGGACUUUGUGCUGGUCCUGGCCAUGUACCAGUCGCACCUGUCGGAGGACCUGCAAGCGGCGCCCGACUCCACCCUGGAAGACGGGCUCAUCCACCUCUUCUACAUCAAGGCGGGCAUCUCGCGCGCCACCCUGCUUCGCCUCUUCCUGGCCAUGGAGAAGGGCGCCCAUGUGGACGCCAGCUGCCCGCACCUGGUCCACGCCAAGGUGCGGGCGCUCCGCCUGGAGCCCUACUCGGCCAAGGGGACGAUCACAGUGGACGGGGAGCUGGUGGACUACGGGCCGGUGCAGGCCCAGGUGCAUGGCAGUCUGGCUCGGCUCAUCGCCAGCUAGAGCGAAGACGCGCAGGACCGACCGACCGACCGGACCGACCGACCGACCGACCGACCGACCGACACAAAACCU